GAUUACUUAAGUACAACAAUAUGCUGUAGUUGGUUUACUCGAAAUAGCAAUCAUUUGAUUCCUCGGCCUAUUUAAUAUCCUUUUUGUAUUUAACUGGUUAGUAACCAGGUUGUAAUGUUGGCUGCAAUGUAUUGUUCAAGCUACUGGCGUCUCGAGACAAAUUGCAUGAUUUAAUGUAAUGGAGUAAAAUGAGUUUUUCCGAGGUUUUCCGCGUUGAAAAAGAUGUUUUUAAGUUUUCAUUGGAUGGAAAAUAUAUUGCAUAUGCUUUCCAAAACAAUGUUUAUGUUCGGAAUGUUCGAAGUAGUAAAAUAGUUCGAACGUUUCCCGCAGUAGAUAUUGUUCAGUACAUCGAAUGGUCUCCAGAUUCUAAAUUCAUAUUAUGUGCUCUGUAUCAAAGUGGAAUUGUGCAGGUGCUUUCACUACAGUUUCCAAAGUGGAAAUGUAAAAUCAAAGAAUGUGAUGUAGGAAUUAAACAGGCAACAUGGAGCCCAGACAGUAGACAUAUAUUAACAGUAGCAAAUUUCAAUGUUUGGGUGUGCAUUUGGUCCCUCUCAGAUCUGUCAGUUAAGUACAUUUACAAUCUGAAGUCUGUGAUUAAUUCAGUGGUAGAAUUCAGUCCUGAUGGCAAGUUACUUGCAGCAAUAGAACAACAUGAAAGUUCAUUUUGUGUUGCUACAUUCUCCUCAACUUCAUGGCACUUAUCAAAGCGCUAUCCAUGUGACAAAAUAGAAAUAAUUGGAGGUUUAUCUUGGGCACCUGAUAGCAACACCAUUUGCGUUUGGGACCGGAGAGUUGACAUAUGUAGGGUACUUAUUGUUUCUUUAUUGAAAAAUGGCGUCUGUAUUUUUGAAAGACAAUCGAUGGGCGUGAAGACAGUGUCAUGGUCUCCAUCAGGACAAUUUUUAGCUCUAGGCUGCUAUGACGGAAAGAUUCGGUUGUUGAAUCAUAUCACUUGGAGCCAACUUAAUGUAUUUGAGCAUACAGCAAGAAUUGAUUCUUCUGUGUGCACAGUCUACAAAGAAAUAUUAGUUCCUAUUAAGGUAGUGGCAGUGCGCCCAGUGUCAAUCACCCCUCGAGCAAAGUGCCCCAAGGAACUGACAUACCACUGUGGAGUAUGGUUGAAUAAUUUUAGUACAUGUGGGCACUUCCUUGUGUCCAGUUGUGAAACUAUGCCAGCUACUUUGUGGAUUUGGAAUGUGCAAGCAGGCAUUCUGCACACAUUUUUAUCUUUUGAUAAACCUAUUGUGGAUGUAGCUUGGGAUCCAAGUUCGUUGCGACUGGCUGCAGUUUCUGCAAGCACAAAUAUUUGCUUGUGGACACCUGCCAGUGGGGCAUCGGUAGUACAAACUCCUGAAUCUGAACUUUGGAAUAUCAUUGUUUCUGGUAUCAAGUGGCAUCCUUGGGGACAUACUCUAGCACUAAACUCAAAGAAUAUAAUGACCCUAUUGUGGUUCACAGGUGUAACUGAAUUCAGUUGACGAUGAGACACAAUACCUUUUUUGUAUACCUGCAUUAUAAACAAUCAUUCCUAUUGUACGAAAUUGUUCAUGAUAAGGCAUUUUAUGGCACACCUGUCCUCCCUGCGUGCCGUUCUGCCUGUCCUCUGUGACCAUCCUGAGUGCUUUCCUUGCCUCACCGCCUGUAUCAAUCUUCAUCGCUUGUUUCAAGUAACCAUCCUUAUCGCUCGUCCUCACUGCUCAUCAUCAGCGGCACCCAUCCUCAGCACCUGUCUUUCCUGUAUGAUGUCAGAAUUGCAACACUGCAUAUUGCCAACUGCAAAACUGCUUUGAAAAAUUUGUUUCCAAAAUAAAUUUUGAUUCUUUUAUAAAUUUAUAAUCAUGUUAUACAAAAAAAUAUAGGCAUUUUUUAUAAUGGAGGUUUAUUGCUUUUUGACAAAUUUGAAAAUUCACUCCUAAUGAUGCAUCUUUCCAAAUAUAUACCAAUGCAAUAAAGCAUAACAUACUAAUGUUAUCAAUCAAAAUAUUACAUUUUUUAAUAUGUUAUUGAAACUUAAGUGCAGAACUUUCCAAGUUAAAUGCAUUGUUCGAUUGUAAAGAUAAAGAUGAAUUACUCAUUAUGAAUUAAUUCACACAUUUCACCUGGUAAUUAGAAUAAUAAAAAUUAAUUGUUCGUUGUAAAUAUUAUUGAAAUUAAAUUAUACUUUAUUUUGACAGUGAUGCUUUUUCUAUGAUUACAAUUAUUAGUACCAAGAAUUGACUCUAACUUUAUCUGACUAAUCUUUAAUGCAUAUAAGCUUUUGCCCGAGAUUUUUCCUGAGCUUUGUAGACCGUCUGUAUAUCGAUGCAACACUUACACGCCUUUAAGAUCGCAUCCCUCCUCUUAUGUCCUCAGGGGUAUAUGAGAUCCCGUACAG